AUACAGCUCUUUAGCCACGUGAGCGUGCAUGCGGUGCUCGUGCUCGAGGGCUCGGGUCGCGCGCCCCAAGUGUCGUCCUCGCUUUCAGCGUCGCCGCAACUCGCAGGUGAGGCACAUCAUUUGGAAAAACUGUCUCCACAAAUCUUAUUUGUUCGUAUAAACAGCUCUGCGCUUUUCACACCAUUAACACUUGAAUUACACUGAGUGGACUCGUUGGAAUAGGAACACACUUGCAAGGAUGUGUGGCACUGAUGUUGACCUGGAUGAUGGAGGCUCACUUGAAGAGGAGAAGGAUGAAGACUUGUGGUUGGAUGAACGAGUGAAGAUGCUGCCCCCUCCCGUGGCCCACAGCGGGGGUUCCGCGUGGGGCACCAAAAGAGGCAGGGCGGGCUGCCUGGUCUGUGGGGCGGUUCUGGUUCUUUGGAACAUGUGUGUGCUCCUGGCUGGUGCUGUGCUCCUGACGCUGGUCUUCUCCUUGGUGCUGCUGCCCGCAGUGGUGCUGCUCUAUGCUGGAUUCCUGUGCCAUUCCAGGAUCCUGGGCAGCUCGUCGGCCAUCUGCAAUUACCUUGACGACAACAGUUGCUCUGCCCUCAUCAUCCUGGGCUUUGUGAUGAUGUCACCGCUCGUGGUGCUUGCGGCGGCACUUUUCUGUGGUCUCCUGCGAAGGUUUCGACUCCUGCUUCUCAUUCAGCCAAUCAGUCGCGCAUGGUACAGAGGGAGGUUGAUGGACUGGGUGGGCAGCGUUCACGCUUGGGUCUGAUUGCUACAUUAAGGUGCCGGAUAAAACGCCUGGCAUGCUGAGUGAAAGGAAGGUCGCCUUUUCAUACCUCGUGUUUUUCCCUGUGAGCCAAGGCAUAUACUUCAUAUUAGAAAAACCUCCUGGCACAUCACUCAGAAAAAAAGUUACACAAGGAAUAUAUUACGGCGGUUCCUUGACAGUUUACAAAAAGAUGCUGUGUAUUUAAUAAACAAAAUAUUACAUAAUAUGGGGGGGGGGGGGGAAGAAAUUCACAUCUACUGUAAUUACCUCACUAAGCUCGAGUAAUAUUAGUUGUUUUUUGCAGAGGAUAAAGAAUGUAUGCCUGUGAGUCUUGUUAUAUUGUCUGGCUAUAUGUGUUGCUGCACCGCUUGUGUUCAGAUAGCUACUGUUAUAAACAUUAUAUCACCGCCAUGCCGGUUUUAUUUGUUUAGUUGGUGCCGAGUGUUAAAGUAGAAUUUGAGCAUCAGAUUGCUUUGGCUCAUUCUGCUUGCUCUCGAGUCAUUUGCUUUAAUGUCUGCAUGCCCAGCAUCUUCUUCAUCUUGCUUUGUAUUAUUGUUAUCUUGGAAGUAUAGAAGAAAAAGUAUUACUCAAAUAUUGCUGUAGGCUACACAUGCAGUAAAUUAUUUGUUGAUUGUAAAUUUUACAGCAUAUUUUAGUAGCGGGAAAAAAAAUAUGUUUGCCUUAUUGCUUGAGCCAAACAACAUAAACACACAUUGUCAUGUUGAGUAUUCCCAUCAAUACAAAUAGAUUCUGGUAGAUUUCUUUUGUGGUGUGACCUAUCCACUAAAUAAAAUCAAAUAAAGUUUACUGAUUUGA